AUGGCAGACAUCUUAACCCAACUUCAAACCUGCCUCGACCAGCUCGCAACCCAAUUCUACGCGACUCUAUGCUACCUAACGACCUACCACGACAACAUCCCCGCGACGCCGCCUCCCACAAGCACAACCCCCAGCGCUGCGCCCCUACUGGCAAAAAUCCCCAAGAACGCAUCUACCCCCCCGGUCCCAGCGUCCGCGCCCCAAGCAGCACAAUCCCAAUCGCAAGCGUCGCCACCACCACCCGACACCACAAAUCCCCAAACCGGAGGGCAAAAUGCAGAUCAACAGCAACAAAGCCCAGAUGGUGAAGGUCUACCUGCGCCGGACAGCCCCGCUACAUUUGCAGCCAGACAACGGGAACUAGCGCGCGAUCUCGUCAUUAAGGAGCAGCAGAUCGAGUACUUAAUUAGUGUGUUGCCGGGGAUAGAUAGUAGUGAGGCGGAGCAGGAGAGGCGGAUCCGGGAGCUGGAGGGGGAGUUGAGGGUUGUGGAGGGGGUGAGGGAGGAGAGGAGACGCGAGUUGGGGGUGUUGAGGAGGAGGUUGGAGGGUGUUUUGGGGGUGGUGGAGAGGGGGAUUUAUUCUAGGGAGUAG